ACGGCUAGGAACCGUUUCAUUAUAUGGUGGCCUACCGCCAUCACCAUAGUCCUUCUGACAGGGACUACGUACGCUGGAAAAUUCUUUUUAACAUAAAUGCUCGCAAAAAAAUCCUUGAGCUACUUUUCAAACCCUGUGAUUCUCAAGUCGUUAAGAUUCCAGUUACACAAAUACUCCCUACUCCAGUAUGGUGGGAACAAAGCAACCAGCAGACCAAUACCGCCCGCCUCUAGAUUCCCCUUCGAGCUCUGUCGACGACACUGGAGAUGCAGAUACCAGUGCUGGAGUUGGAAUCCUAGCUGAAGCAGGUGGUGCGAGCGCCCGUAGUAGUGACAAGAGGCCACAAACGAGUAUGGAGCAUGCGGCUCGAGCUAAGCGUUUGACAAUCAGUGCACAUGCUCCUAGCAACCCCUCUGAGCUUGAUGCGGUAGAGCUAUCUGUGAGUGGUAGCUCAAAGGGGGGUGAGGACUUGUGCGAAGAAUGCGCUACCAUCUGCUUUGAUGAGGAGACAAUCAUGUCGCAGAUGUCCUCCCUCCAGUCGUCGAAAUAUAUCCAUGGGUUUGUAAAGCUGGAUGAGAAGUGUAUGCUUUGCGAUUUGUUUCGGAAAACAAUCGAACACUAUAAAAUUACAGGCCCCACCGGAAGCCAUCCAUUCUACUGCAUCGAGGCCAUAAGAUUCGAUGGCGUCCCGGGUGUCAUGUUGAAAUUGUCGCAAUUAAAGGACUUGGGGAAAUCUGGAUGGCUCCUCUUCGGCUCCAACAGUGCCUUUCCUGGCGCUGAGCGGUUGUUCGCACGAGAUAUUCAGUCAGAUAAAAUCAAUUGGGCCGCUGUGAAACAGUGGUUGCAGUACUGCGACACGGAGCACGAAGAUAGCUGCGGAUCGGUGAAAAUGAUGCAACUCCCUGGUUUUCGGGUAAUUGAUUGCACGACUCGGAGAAUCGUGGAGGCGCCGAAGGAGUGCAAAUUUGUUGCACUGAGCUAUGUCUGGGGCUCUGAUUCUUCACCAGGUUUGCGCCUGAAGCUUCCAACAAAGGUUCCGCUGUUGAUCGAGGACGCUAUAACAUGUACAAAGGCGAUUGGUCUCCGUUAUCUCUGGAUCGAUCGGUACUGCAUCGAUCAGGAGUCCGGUGAUUCCAAGCAUACUUUGAUCCGGAAUAUGGAUCAGAUAUACUCGGGCGCAGCAGUGACAAUCAUCAAUGUUGCAGGAACAAGCUCGCAUAGUGGUCUGCCUGGGGUCUCGCACACAACUCGACGUCCACUUGCAUCUGUCUCCGUUCACAACAAGAGCACAAGUCUCAGGUUGUUGCCGAACAGCAGAGCAGAAGUAGCAGAAAGUAAGUGGUCGACGCGCGGUUGGACUUACCAAGAAGGCCUUCUUCCUCGCCGUCGGUUGGUUUUCACUUCAUCGCAGAUCUAUUUCCAACGUUUGGAAAUGCAUUCCUGUGAGGUGUUACCUAUUCACUUUCUUACCAGAGAUACAACAACAACAUUCGGACGUGCGUUGGGGCGAAAAAUGCGCGUGUUUCCUUCUCUAAGUCGAAUGGCGUACGCUGACACAGUAGAACUGCGCAUCGAGGAGUACCUACAGCGAGAGCUAUCGUAUGAGUCGGACGUGCUCAAUGCGAUCAUGGGUAUACUCCGGCACAUAUGUGUCCACUUCUGGGGCCUUCCUAUCGAUUCUCCAAGACGCUAUUGUCCCCGAGCAUUUGGUGCCAACGAAGGCUUCCUGGCAGCUCUGAUGUGGAUACCAGAGGCCGAGGGAUCGAAGUUGGGAAUCAGUAGGAGAGCAGGGUUCCCUUCGUGGAGCUGGGCUGCGUGGAAAGGUAUCACAGGCAUUGGAAAGACGUACUUGCUAUACUAAAAACCUUGAUGUCGAGGUAAAGAUUCGAGAUCAGACCGGUCGGACGUGGAGCAUGGCCGAGUAUAAUGAAGAGAUGACGCAAAAAAUUAGUAUAUAUCGCUUCG